ACCCUAUUAAUGCUCGUCUCUCUCGCGCUGAGCGCUCCAAUUUCCUCCACUUCCCAAACCCUACCGGCGGCGCAGCAGCAUCACAACCACCGCCCGAAGAUGGUGAAGUUUCUCAAGCCCGGCAAGGCCGUAAUCCUCCUCCAGGGCAGGUUCGCCGGCCGGAAGGCGGUGAUCGUGCGCGUGUUCGAGGAGGGCACCCGCGACCGUCCCUAUGGGCACUGCCUCGUCGCCGGCCUGGCCAAGUACCCCAAGAAGGUGAUCCGCAAGGACUCCGCCAAGAAGACGGCCAAGAAGUCCCGCGUCAAGUGUUUCAUCAAGCUCGUCAAUUUCACUCACCUCAUGCCCACCCGCUACACCCUCGACGUCGAUUUCAAAGACGUCGCCUCGGGCGGGCCCGACGCGCUCUCCACCCGGGACAAGAAGGUCGAAGCCUGCAAGGCCGCCAAGGCGCGCCUCGAGGAGAGGUUCAAGACCGGCAAGAACAGGUGGUUCUUUACCAAGCUCCGCUUCUAGGCGCCGGGCACCCCGCAUAGUGACUACUUUAGUUGUCAAUUUGUUGUAUCGGAAACCAUUUAAGCUAUUUCUGUUUUGGUAUUGCGCUUGUUAUGGAUCUCGGAGAAGAUUUUGUUAAAAACAUGUCGAUGAUGUGUUAAAUGAUGCCCAAAGGAAACGUCUCGUUGAACUUUUGCUGAGAA